AUGGAGCAUUUGGAAGAGAGGGGUGUGGAGGCGCGGAUAGCUAAGAAUAUAGACAAAGUUCUUGAUAGGCAUAGUGAUGAAACUAUUGCAAAUAACCGCUUAAGGUUGAAGAUGUCUAUUGAUGCUAUUCGAUGGCUUAUUUUUCAAGCAUGUGCAUUCAUAGGCGAUGACGAAAGUCCUGGAUCUUUGAAUAGGGAAAAUUUUAUUGAGUUAAUUAAACUUUUAGCUUCUUGUAAUCAGAAUGUUAAUAAUGUUGUCCUUGAAAAUGCUCUUGAAAAUGUUCAAUAUAUAUCUCUCGUUGUUCAAAAAGAUAUAUUGCAUAUCUUUGCUAGAAAAGUGUGUGCAAUAAUUCGAAAAGAAAUUAGUGAUUCUAAAUUUUCUAUAAUUAUUGAUGAAGCAAGAGAUGAGUCAAAGCGAGAACAAAUGUCUGUGAUUUUGAGAUAUGUAGACAAGCAUGGUUGUGUUCGAGAAAGAUUUUUUGAUCUUAUACAGGCUUCUGAUACGUGUUCUUUGACAUUGCAAACAGAAAUUUCAUCAGUUCUUUCUUGUCAUAAUCUUGAUGUUCAAAAUCUUAGGGAACAAGGGCAUGAUGGAGCUAGUAAUAUGCGUGGUGAAAGGAAUGGAUUGCAAGCUCUAUUUUUGAAAGAUUGCCAUUUUGCUUAUUACAUUCAUUGUCUUGCUCAUCGAUUACAAUUAGCACUUGUUUCUGCAGCCAAAGAAAUUUGCUAUGUUCAUCAAUUCUUUUCAAAACUUACACUAAUUGUGAAUAUUGUGACUGUUUCUCCUAAACGUCAUGACCAGUUAAGGGUUGCUCAAGCAAAUAAUGUUGUAAACUUAAUUGCCAAUGAUCAAAUUGUGACACGUAGUAGACUUAAUCAAAUUGGUACUUUGCAAAGAGUUGGAGAUACUAGAUGGGGUCUCAUUUGA